CACCGGCCGCCUGCGUCAGGAGCGCACACUCCACUCUGCGCAAUUACGCGGACACCUAACUAACGAGUGAUUAGAAAAAACAAAAAAACAAAAAAACAAGAAAAGCAAGAUUUUUUUCCGACUACUGAACCUUUCAAGGCUGUAAUGGACUUUUAAUCUGGCUAUCCUGGACUUGCUUCGGGAACUUCAAUACAGUUUAUGGUAUAACAGCUGUGAUAUUAUUAUGAUAUGAUUAUUGCGCAUGUGCUCUGAGCACAGCUAGGAAUAGUUACCUUUAAAUACAUUUUUUCUUUUUAAAUAGCUUUCUUUCUUCUCUAAAAUUGGCUCCCGUACAAACAGCCGCGUUGGAUCCCUCGGCUUAUUGCGAGACUCCGGUAUACAACCCGGAUCUCUGCCCUAAUAUGAUAGCCGCCCAGGCAAAGUUGGUGUAUCACCUCAACAAAUACUACAACGAGAAAUGCCAAUCUCGAAAAGCAGCGAUCUCCAAGACCAUCCGGGAGGUGUGCAAGGUGGUGUCGGAUGUCCUAAAGGAGGUCGAGGUGCAGGAGCCCCGCUUCAUCAGCUCCCUGAGCGAAAUGGAGAAUCGUUUCGAGGGACUGGAGGUCAUAUCUCCGACCGAGUUCGAGGUUGUGCUCUAUCUAAAUCAGAUGGGAGUAUUCAACUUUGUGGAUGACGGGUCUCUCCCGGGGUGCGCCGUGCUCAAGCUCAGCGAUGGCCGCAAGAGAAGCAUGUCUCUCUGGGUUGAAUUCAUCACAGCCUCCGGUUACCUCUCGGCUCGCAAGAUCCGGUCGAGAUUUCAGACAUUGGUGGCGCAGGCAGUGGAUAAAUGCAGCUACAGAGAUGUUGUCAAAAUGGUCGCUGACACAAGUGAGGUGAAGUUACGCAUUAGAGACAGAUACGUGGUGCAAAUCACGCCGGCUUUCAAGUGCACUGGGAUAUGGCCACGAAGCGCUGCGCACUGGCCUCUCCCUCAUAUCCCCUGGCCGGGACCUAACCGAGUAGCAGAAGUCAAAGCAGAGGGUUUCAAUCUUUUAUCCAAAGAGUGUUACUCGCUGAACGGCAAGCAGAGCUCAGCAGAGAGCGAUGCCUGGGUGUUGCAGUUCGCCGAGGCCGAGAACCGACUCCUCUUGGGAGGAUGCAGGAAGAAAUGCCUGUCAGUCCUCAAAACAUUACGCGACCGUCACCUUGAACUGCCUGGACAGCCUCUGAACAACUAUCACAUGAAAACUUUGGUUUCGUACGAGUGUGAGAAGCAUCCAAGGGAGUCGGACUGGGAUGAGAACUGCCUCGGUGAUCGCCUGAACGGGAUACUAUUGCAGCUUAUUUCAUGUUUGCAGUGCAGAAGGUGCCCGCAUUAUUUCCUGCCCAAUUUAGACCUGUUUCAAGGAAAACCUCAUUCGGCUCUAGAGAACGCAGCCAAACAGACUUGGCGACUGGCAAGAGAAAUACUGACCAACCCCAAAAGCUUGGAGAAACUCUGAGGUAAAGAUGUUAGUUCACCUCGUCUUAAAAUGGUGGUAAAGAGGCCUAUUAAGCUCCUACACGGACAGAAAAAAAAAUGCCAACCUGUUUUCAGAGUCUUGUGAAAUAUAUGACUGUCCUCUGUUGUUGAAUAUGUUUUGGCCUAGCCUAUUCCAAGAUGAGUUUUAUGAUGGUUUAAUUUACCAAUAGCCUACCGCUUUUUUGGCGGUGUCAAUAUUUAGGAGCAAAUUUAAAUUAUUGGCUAUCAGUAAUCAGAAAAGCCACCCUAUAACAGUGGUGUCUUUUCUUUCCGUGCCACACGGCUGCCUAAACACUUAAUUUCCUUAAAUGCUUUAAAAUAAAGCCCCGUGACAAGCCUUGAAAAUAAAACACAUCUGUACAUUUAUUACUGUAAAUACAUUCAUAGAUUGUGAUUCCAGUGGUCUGAAAUUGUGAAUGUUGUUCUGUGAUACGUAAAUAGGAUCCCAUCUGUUUAAAUCUACUCCUGAACUUUUUCUCUUUUUUUAUCUGGUAGGAAAGUUAUUAAUUUAUACUUGCAUCAGUGGUAGUCUGAUUCAUCUGUUUUCAAUGGACAUUUUCUAAUUUUAAAAGUUUACAUUUUGAUGGUAGGCCUACAACAUUUGUUACAUUUAAAACAUUCCAUAAUUUUACUUGAAUUAUUAUUUAAAAUACUCGAGCAUUUUUUGUUGUUGUCUUUCUACACCUUGCUUAGGGCCUACAUGAUAAAAAGUGAAAAUAAUAAAAUAUAUAUAGUAUAUAUAUUACAGUCUAAUUGAAAAAAAUGCACUUGAAAUACACUGGAUUAUAACAUCUGUGAUCUGAUUUUUAAAUUUCUGUCUUUGAUUUAAUUUAAAGAGUUAAUAAAACAAGCUGUUUUAUA